AUGUCGACGAGCCUGGUGUGUCUGCUGGCGGCGUGCUGCUGGCCGUCGAACGACAAGGACGUGACCGACGCCAUCAAGCAGUGCAUGGAUGACGACGACCAGACGGCACACACCGCCAUGCGCACCCUGGCCGCCCAAGCCGAAGACGACGAAAUGUGGGUGGAGAUAGUGAUGAAGGUGGCGCGCAAGUUCGGCCAGAAGCAGUGGCGCAGGAAGGACGGCCAGCGCACAGACGCCGCCACCCAGCUUCUCCUGCUCAUGGAGCUCAUGCCCCUGUGCGACUCGCGAAGGGCUCUGAACACGAGUGAGGAUCUGCUGUCGUUCGCUCGCGACGAGGCCAACGCCGGCCAAAUGCGCAAUGCGCUGGUGGCGUGGAACGCCUUCGCCGGCAAAUUCGAUCUGCGUGUUGGGUCGCGCAUGUUGACCGACGACGUGCUGCUGUUCCUCAUGGACAACGCCAACCACCGCUACACGACCGACUCCGAGGUCUGCAUGCACGCGCUGCUCACGUUGGAAAAGUUCAGCAAGACGGGCCCCGACAACGCGCGCCGUAUCAGCGAGCUGGGCUAUUUCGAGCGGCUCGAGGAGCUGUUGCACUAUUCGAACGACCACCAGCUCCGGCUCGUGUGCGAGUGGGGCCUGGCCCACGGAUCGACGCGCUCUGGCGUGGUCGGCACUGACGCCGCCGCCGCCGCGCGGAAGAGGAAACGUGGCGUUCAUGCCGGGAGCGGGGGAGGCAGUAGCAGCGACAGUGACCGGGAGGAGAACACGCCCGGACGUGAGAAGAAGCCAAAGAAGAUUCUCCACGUCGCUGCUGCCGCCGCCACUACUGCGACCAAUGCGAUGGGAGACGGCGAUCAGGCUGCCGCCGCCGCGGAGGAGCGCCAGGUGAGCAGCCAACACAACGGGGCCAGGCGAGGCAGCAAGAGCAGUCGAAGCCGGCGGCGAAGAGAAGAAGAAGCUGCGGCGGCGGAGGCGCUUAGCGGCGGCGGCGGUGGUGCUGGUGGAGACGGGGAGGAGGAUGGGGACGAGCUGGACUUCCACGAAAUGGACCUCGAGAGCCGGAUGCCGCCGGGCAAGCAGGUGACGCUCAGCUUCGCGGACCGGACCAACUUCAUCAAGCUCUCCGCGGACUGCUACGAGGUGCGGAACGAUUCGGCGUCGUUCGGGAGCAUCAGGGCCAACUGCUAUGUAUCAGCUGUAGAUAGAAAUGGGAGGGGGUACAGGGAGGGCGGGAGGUGGUACUACGAGGUCACCCUCCGCACGGGCGGCAUCAUGCAGGUCGGGUGGGCCACCAAGGACUCUGUCUUCAAGCCUGAGGAGGGCUCGGGCAUCGGCGACGACUUCUUCUCCUACGCCUACGACGGGUGCCGCAGGCAGGCGUGGCACGCAGCCACAUCCGCACCGUGUGGGCGCAAGGAGAGGCGGUGGAAGGCCGGCGAUGUGGUCGGCUGCCUCUUCGACACGAAGCACGGGGUCAUGGCGUUCACGCUCAACGGAAAGUUCAGCCGGGAGCUGGGCUCCCGCACCUUUGUCGGCGUGCGCCACGGGCUGGCCUUCUACCCGGCCCUCAGCCUCGGCGCCUUCCAGCAGUGUCGCUUCAAUUUUGGCUCCGAACCCUUCAAAUUCCAGCCCGCGGGUUACCAGAGCGUGAACGAGUUCGCGACGCGCUACGACAUUGCGCUGGAGGAGAGUACCGAGAGCGCGGCGGAGGGCGAGCGACCCGGCGCCGGCAUGGCGUGGUCCGCGCACGCCGGAGCACAGGGCGGCGUAGUCGAUGACCCCACAGACCAACUGGACGACGACGAGCUGUGCAAGAUCUGCUACGCACAGGAGGAUGACAUCAAGCUCCAUCCCUGCGGCCAUCAGGAAAUCUGCUUUGCUUGUUCCAUACGUCCGAUCGAUGAUAGGGAGCACACCAAGAAGAAGGAGGAGGUGGCAGCCAAGCUGCAGCCUGUCCCCACCACGACUCUUCCCACCCAUCAGCACCACCAUCACAAUCAGCCCUUGCUGGUCCAGCUGUAA